AUGGCGGGAAGAGGAAGCGACCUGGGAGGCGUAAGCGGCAGGAGGGGAGCCGGCGGGGUGUGCGGGAGGCUGAUAGCAGUACUGGCGGCAGCGUUAGCGCUUCUCCUCUGCCUUCUUCCUCCAGCCACCGCCAUAGACCCGCAGUCCACCCUGGAGUGCCACCGCCGACAGUACAGCUACAAGGUGCACAAGACUGACGACAACGGGAGGAUGUGUUGGGAUGUUGUGAACGUCAUGAGCUGCUGGGGAAGGUGUGACUCCAAUGAGAUUGCAGACUGGAAGUUCCCCUACAAGCGCUCUCACCACCCCGUCUGUAUUCACGACAAAACUCAAUUAACCGAGGUGACGCUGAGGAACUGUGACGAGGGAGUGACGCCGGGGACUGAGCUUUAUUCUUAUCAUGAGGCCACGCGCUGCGCCUGUGCCGUGUGCAAGUCCUCGCAGGCAUCGUGUGAAGGGCUCCGCUACAGAGGCGCCCGCAGAGCCCCGAGAGCCCAGGUGCCCAGAGGCUGAGUGCUCCACUCCCUUAGGGCCUGCGACUGGAUAUCAAGACCCUGGUUCCUGCCUCCUCUCCCACUCUGUCACGUGAUUCUGAAGUCCUGCAGGAUAUACUAGAGCACUGCUUUAGGAUGCUCGCGGAUCUAUUGUACGUACGUAGAGUCCCUUAAAUAAAUGCAGAUAUUAUUUUCUAAGGAUUCUCCUGAACGAAGCUCUUCAGGAAAUGUUGACGGUCCAAGCUGAGAUGACCGAAGUGUGGCGGUGGUGGUGGUGGUAGCUAGCUAGGGUCGAGGCAUCCACAGUGGCCGCCGCAAAGACUCCCUUCCGAUGCGCCAAACAAUCCUUCAGUUCUCCGUUUUCUCCAGACUGUUUUGCUUCGUUGUUGAGACACGGGUACGAGAAUAAUUUGUACAACAUCUGAAUGAAUGAGAGAAGAAAAACCUAACCACGAAAUACAAUAAGAUGACAAAGAAACGUCUCGAGAAAGAAGAAAUCUUAGUCAAGCUGUUGUAUGCUCACUCAAGGGGCAGUGUAAACAAACCCUGUAGUAAGGAUAAAGUAUAUAAUCUACCACUGAUCCAUGAUUUGUAUGUCGGUAAUUAGAUAAGGCGAGGACGAUUCGAGUGCUCACUCACAGAAUAUUUCAGGAAAUGGCGACGAUUCGAGGAUAAAAAAAAGAAUCAGAAGAUAGAGAGGAAGAGGCCAGUAAAGAGAGUGAAGAGAAAAAAACUCAAGAAGUAAGCGGACACCACUCUCUCACGAAGUAACAAAACUCAAGAGUAUCAAACAAUUAAGUAAUUAGAUAAGGAGAGAAUGGUUGAAGUGUCCACUCACAGAAUACUUCGGGAAAAAAAAAAUAGAACAAAACAGAGAAGAGAGAGUGAAGACAGGAAAAACCAAGCAGUAAACAGACACAUUCUCCCAGGAAGUACCGUAACCCAAGAGUACCAAACAAACUCGCCUCCGUAACGCAGUGUGGUAAGACUCUACACUCCUGCCCCCCAUUGGUCAUCAGGAAUUGGCUUCAACAUCUACCGAGACUCGCGAGGAAUGCAAACUGCUUGAUAUUAGUUAGUUAGAGAAAAUUUUGCUUGUUUAAUUCUGUAUGUGUGUGUGUGUGUGUGUGUGUGUGUGUGUGUGUGUGUGUGUGUGUGUGUGUGAGUCGAUGAGAUGAAGUACUAAUUCGUCAUUAUUUAUUAUUAUUUACUUUUUGAGUUCCUUCCUUUCUCUGUUCCUCAAAUGAUCCCUCCAAUACCCGUUAUUUGCGAUGAUCCAAAACGUUUAUUUCUUCAUUUUCUUCUCCCUGUGAUUACCUUCUUCCUUGAGCUGGCAUCCUGUACCGCCGAGUGGGCGAAUGUCGUCCCCCAGAUCCGAGAUUCAAUAAAUGUCUUCAAGAAAGCAUUAGCUAUUUUUGUAAAUAAAUCCGCUACGCUGCAA